GUCCGUCACGCAACGUCCGCAUCAACAAAGCAUCGAUAUCCCUCAGGCAGUGUUGACGAAACUGUUGGGCGACCAGUCAUCAGCUGCCAGCCUGUCCGUAAGCCGCAGGACCCUGAUUGCGAGCUUCCUGCCCUCAUCUCGUGGAGAAUGUCGGCAGGGCUGUCAUCCGAACCGGAGCAGGAGUAUAAGAGGCACGAGCAGGAGAAAUUGGUGUAGAGCCAGCGCUUAGAUUGUGCAUGUCAAAAGUUAGGCUCCGCUCGGCACACCAAACAGGCUUUUCUGCAUCACUCUUCGCCCACUCACAAGGGACGGCUUCGACUCCGGGCAGGGUUGAGUGACUUGGCGUUCGGAGAGGACGACAAGUGCCAUUCAUGGUUCUGCCCUGCGUUUUCUGCUGUCUGUCAAGUUUCACAAAGUAUAUUUUGACGUCUCUAACCUCCCGAGUCUCAGGUCGACCCUGGCAUGACAUGGUCUGCCGACCGACAUUGGAGCGUCCUUUGCACUCUGCGCUCGAAUGCCCUCGUCUGAUUGGUAGCCAAGAGCAUAUACCGACGACAACACAUAUCGUGGAGGUCGGUGUUACUCGCCUUCUUGCUUGGAUACACGAGGUAGGGUUGCAGCAUUGUACACCGGAAGAGGCAAUGGCGUCGUGAUGCCGUUUCCAUACGUGACCGUAAGCACCCGUGAGCAUGAUUGAAUCUAGAAGUCGUCGUGGCUGUAUAAGUAGCUGGUCCUCCGGCACCAGAAGAUCGCACUCCCAUCAUCGCAUCUUACAGCCAUUCGACGCCUGCUACAAUCUCCAUUCCAGAUCCACACACCAACACAAGACACCUUCCCAGCAAAAAUGCAGUUCCACACCAUCGCUACCAUCUUGGCAGCCUUUGCCGCCACCAAUGUUGGGGCCACUCCUCUUCCCGCUCCGGUCGCAGAGGCCGCUCCUGAGGCCAUCACUAAGAGACACAACGGCGGGGACGGUGGUUAUUGGGCCGUCUACAAACCGCAGACGGUUCCAGUAGCAUGGCGAUUCUAUGGCGAUAUGGGCAGCCAAGCGCACAGCGAGAAAGACGUUCUCAGCGUUCUCGGCAUUCCUCUGCUUUCUACCGACAAGGAAAGCUACUCCUCGUACCAGGACCAGGGCUACGAUGUCGUGUACGUCACCCAGUAAAGGACGGGUAGGAUUGAUGGACGGGAGGAGGAGAGGGGGUGGUGGAGGACGGCAGGUGAAUGGAUGCAAGGAAACAUAGCAUACCUGAGGCCAUACAUACCUUACGAAGAAUAAUGAAGAAGGA